AUGAAGGUGAAGUGUAAAGGUGAUGACAUUAAUUUGAGUUUGCGCUGGGUCAUGAAUUCAAAGCAGGUCAUUUUGCUGAGUCUGAUUGGUAUCGUGUGCAUGCCAUUGCUCGUGUCUGUCUUUCGUCGGUUUCUCACAUCGUCAGUGAUUCACGUGCAAGCCGCCAGCAGAGAAGGAAUGUAUUCCAUUGCCUACGUGACGGUCCCGAACGAAGACGUCGGGAAGAAGAUCGCUCAUGGCCUGGUGAAAGGGAAGCUUGCGGCUUGCGUCAAUCUCAUCCCCAAGAUCACUUCUAUCUAUGAAUGGCAAGGAAAGAUGGAAGAAGACUCUGAGAUCCUCCUCAUGAUUAAGACCAGGACUUCUCGCCUGGAUGAACUGACUUCGUUCGUGAAGGCCAAUCAUCCCUACGAGGUGUGUGAGGUUAUCACCACCCCGAUUGCCUCUGGGAAUCCUCAGUAUCUGGAAUGGAUCGGGCAAAUCGUCCCCGACCCUUCCUAA